CAAGACCAGGUGGCCUCUGGUUCGAUGCCAUUUUCCUCCCGCGUACGCGCUCUCUCUCUCUCUCUCUCAUCUUUCUCUAUCUUACGUUUCGAAAUCUUUGUGGGUUGUACUCAUCUUUUCUUCCCUUUUGAUAAAUCAAGUGUUGAAGUCACCUUUGUUUGUUUAUAUUCAAUCCAUGAGUUGGGGUUUUCAUUGGUUUAUUAUACGGAUCUUGUGAUCGUUGACGUAUAGACAUAUGGCAACUUUGCAGACAUGUCAAGUUUCGAUACUUAAUUAUGCGCGCCCUUUAUUACAACUGGUUUAUUUAGUUAUCGGCACUGAAGACUAAAGGAAUUUUCCAAAUGCAAAAUAUUAGCCGGACAAGAAGAUCUAUGGGGGGUAUGGACUACGUGGAUCCGAAGAAGAAGAGCAAUUUUGUGGGGAAAAUUGUUUUGGCUGCAGCCCUUACUGCAUUAUGUAUUCUCAUGCUCAAGCAAUCCUCAACUUUUGGCAGCCCAAGCCCUUUCUCCCAACGUGAUACAGGAGUUACUCAUGUCUUAGUAACAGGAGGGGCUGGAUAUAUUGGUUCACAUGCUGCAUUACGUCUUUUAAAGGAUUCACACCGUGUAACUAUAGUGGACAACCUCUCUCGGGGAAACAUAGGCGCUGUCAGGGUAUUAGAAACACUAUUUCCUCAACCUGGGAGGCUUCAAUUUAUUUAUGCUGACUUGGGUGAUGCUAAAGCUGUAAAUAAAAUAUUCUCAGAAAAUGCAUUUGAUGCUGUCAUUCAUUUUGCUGCCGUUGCAUAUGUUGGAGAAAGCACCCUUGAUCCUCUGAAGUAUUAUCAUAACAUUACAUCAAAUACCUUGGUAGUAUUGGAGGCAAUGGCCGCACACGGGGUACAGACAUUGAUAUAUUCUAGUACAUGUGCAACUUAUGGCGAGCCUGAAAAGAUGCCAAUUACAGAAGAAACUCCACAGCUCCCCAUUAAUCCAUACGGAAAAGCCAAGAAGAUGUCAGAAGAUAUUAUUCUUGAUUUCCAUAAGAAUUCAGAUAUGGCUGUCAUGAUCUUAAGAUACUUCAAUGUGAUUGGUUCUGAUCCAGAGGGCAGAUUAGGAGAAGCUCCCAGACCAGAAUUGCGUGAACACGGGCGGAUUUCAGGUGCCUGUUUCGAUGCAGCUCGGGGGAUUACUCCUGGGCUUAAGGUUAGGGGAACCGAUUACAAAACUGCAGAUGGGACUUGCAUAAGGGACUACAUUGAUGUUACUGAUCUGGUCGAUGCUCAUGUGAGAGCGCUUGAGAAGGCAAAGCCUGGGAAAGUUGGAAUUUACAACGUUGGAACAGGAAAAGGUAGAUCUGUCAAUGAGUUUGUAGAGGCGUGUAAGAAGGCAACCGGAGUCAACAUCAAGGUUGACUUCCUCCCCCGCCGGCCCGGUGACUAUGCCGAAGUGUUCAGUGACCCCACAAAGAUCAGGGAUGAGCUCAACUGGACUGCACGAUACACCAAUCUGCAAGAGAGUUUGGAGAUCGCGUGGCGUUGGCAGAAGUCCCAUCGUGAUGGAUAUGGAUCCCCUUAAUACAUUUUGCAGUGGAAACUAACUCAAAAUGCAGAAGAGAACGGGUUUAAUCCCAAAAGCUCUCUUACUCUGUCAGAUUAAGGUUAAUGGUUUGGUAUAAUUAUUUUUCGUUUCUAUGCGUGGGGUGUUCUAGGAAGCAACCCCUUCGUUACAUGUAAUUUUUCACAGUUCAAAGAUCGAUAAACAAUAAUACAAAUGGUGAGGUAUAGCUUUUUUACAGUUAAAAAAAAAGGUAUAGCUUUUUUA